AAGCAUAUUUCAUGGAACAGUAAGAAUGUCUAGGGCAACGGUGGAAAUGUCCCAAAGCGGAAAGAUUGGAUUAGCGUUGUGUCAGAUUGCUUAUGCAUAACUGGAGGAAUAUAAACCAGAUCUCUAAAUCGGUUCGAGUUUCAAUUGCCCUUUCUUUCCAUGAGUUACGGUAGGAGUUUGAAGGACUGGUACUAUCAGAGGCAAUGGUUCAUGCGAUAUCCACAGAGAGAUGGAUCCUCCUCCAGUAUAGACGACCAUUAUGCUGAAGACCAGUCGAGCCGGUCCAUGUCGUUGGCCAGUGAUCAUUUGCAGGCUGCUCGCAGAGUGGACACCAACCGAUCACUGAAACGAGGUGAAUACUACCUUCGACGACCCACCAACAAAGUCAGGCUUCGAAGGAUUCCCGAAGGAGGUCGUCGUGUGUUCGUUAACCUGCCUUUACCGAAAACCGAACGAACUGCCCAAGGCCAUCCCAAGCGACACUAUGUAUCUAAUCGCAUCAGGACUUCCAAAUAUACCCUGUUGUCCUUUGUGCCUAAAAACCUGUUCUAUCAGUUUUCUCGUUUGGCCAACGUGUACUUCUUAGGCAUGGCCAUAUUGCAAAUGUUACCGUAUUUCGGUAUCAAUUCCCCGGUUCUGACAAUGCUCCCCAUUUGCUCGGUGCUUUUUAUUUCGGCGGUCAAGGAUGCGUUUGAAGAUUAUCAGCGACAUGUUUUGGACAAUAAGUUCAAUACCCAGAGUUCUUACACCUUGGCUGGUUAUCAUAACGUCAACUAUGCCGCCAAGACACGCUCAUGGUUUGGAAAACAUGAACCCUCUGUGGUGCCAGAAGAACUACAAGGCAAAUUUCAUCAUUCGUACUCACAAGAUGUUCGCGUAGGUGACUUUUUGUUACUUCGAAAUGGAGAUAAGGUACCUUCAGACUGUGUGCUACUGGCGUCCUCAGAUGAAACGGGCGUUUGCUACGUUGAAACUAAAGAUCUGGAUGGAGAGACCAACCUUAAACCCCGCCAAUCUGUGAUCGAUACCAUGCACAUUCAGUCUGGCCAAGAAUGUCUGGAUUUGCACUUCUAUGUGGAGUCGGAAGCUCCGCACCCAAAUCUGUAUCAAUUCGAAGGAACGUUGGUUCUACUGGGAAAACCAACCGAAGACGAGGAGGCGCAUUUAGCCCCACGAGCUUCAACGUCCAACUGGGAAGAAAAAAAAAAGACACCGAUUACCAUUGACAAUAUGUUGUUGCGUGGUCAUAUCAUUCGAAAUACUCGAUGGAUCAUAGCCAACGUCGUAUUCACGGGCACUGAUACCAAGAUUAUGCUGAACUCCGGUGAGACGCCCACGAAACGAAGUGAGAUCGAAAAGGAACUGAACGAAGAAAUUUUUGUGGCCUUUAUCUGCUUGUUCUUGCUAUGUCUAUUGUGUGCAGUUGGAAAUGGUCUUACCAUUGCUGCUCAACGACGGACUUUGGCUGCGCAGACAUUCGACGAUGUUUCAGGUUCUCCAGCCUGGAAUGGAUUCUUAACGUUUUGGGCAAGUUUGAUUAUCUUCCAGAAUAUCAUUCCAAUUUCCUUGUAUGUGUCCAUCGAGUUUGUCAAAACCAUGCAGGCAUUCUUCAUCUACAAUGACCUUGAUAUGUUUGAUGAAGAAUCAGGUGCCUUUUGCAUUCCACGUUCCUGGAAUCUUUCCGACGAUUUGGGUCAAGUCCAAUACAUUUUCUCUGACAAGACUGGAACACUGACCAGAAAUGUCAUGGAGUUUCGAAAAUGUACCAUUGGAGGCAAGGUAUAUGGAGACAAUGGAUUUUCACCAGAGUCAGAAGGAGCCAGAGGAGCCAGGUUGCGUCAAGAAAGAGAAACGGCCGAGACCAAUGGAGAUUUUGGGCAGGAGAAAGUGCGCGACCCGGAAGCAGAAGAACAGCAAUUUUUGGCGCAAAGAAAAGCGAUCUUUGAAGAAUACAAAACGCUUAUCCAUUCGCAGUUUGAUCCAAAAUACUCAAGCUUGGAUAUCGAUAAAUUGACCUUUGCUGACCCUGAAGUGUUCAAGGACCUGAAUGGUGAUAGUGACGAGAAGACGGGCAUCAUGACCAUUGAUGAAAGAGAACCCUUGACGAUUUCCCAAGUGCCACCCAAAAAUCGACAGCAGCAAGCUGUGAAAGAAUUCUUUACAGCGAUUUCACUGUGUCAUACGGCGGUGGUGGAACGGAUCGAUAAACACGGAAACGUAAUAGAUGAUUCGCUGGCAGAUGACCUUGAAGAUGGCACCACCAAGCCUGAGCCUGAUAUCAUCAGUCAUGAGAAAGGACACGGCAGUUUUCUCAAGUCUGGAAGCAAAACAUCCACGGUGAGCGAUAGCUUGGCGUCAUCGAAUCCCUCUAUGACGGACGGUGAUUCAUCCUCUCGACCCACACCCGUAAGCAGUAGUGCAACCAAGCGGUCGAGGUUCAGGCAAGUUCUGCAUAAUCAGAAGCUUCGAAUCACGAACAGAAGCUCCAAGCUGUCGCUACGUCGAUCCGAUCGAAGAGGAAGUCGAGGAACUGAAUUUGACGCUGUACCAGGCCAGAAAGCAAGAAAGGUUGAUACCACAGUUGAGGAACAACUUGCCUACAAAUCCGAGUCACCGGAUGAAUCUGCUUUGGUGACAGCGGUCAAGGAUGUAGGCUUUACUUUCCUCAAGCGAAAGGGAAAUAUUUUAACCAUCGACAUUCUCGGUCACCUAUAUGACUAUGAACUACUGAAUGUCAUCGAAUUUAACUCGACACGUAAACGAAUGAGUGUGAUUGUUCGCCGUCCCGAACCUUGGAACGAUAUCAUUGUGUACUGUAAAGGAGCAGACAAUGUCAUGAUUGAGCGACUCAGACCCGGCCAAGAGAAUGAUGUCAGUGAGCUUUCCAAGGAUAUCGAGGGCUUCUCCAAUGAAGGGCUGCGCACCCUCGUCUUCGCAUAUAAGAGUAUGCCAGAUGAAGAGUACGAUGUGUGGAGUGAAAAAUUACACAAAGCAAGUACAGCGACGGAAAAUCGAGCCGAUGAAAUAGAUUCAGUGAACGAGGAGAUUGAAAAGGGCUUUACCUUACUUGGCGCUACAGCCAUCGAAGACGAACUUCAACAUCAAGUACCUGAAUGCAUUGAAGCUCUAAGAAAUUCAGGCAUCAAUGUAUGGGUGUUGACUGGAGACAAGGUUGAAACGGCGAUCAAUAUUGGCUAUGCUUCCAACCUACUUGGAAAGGACUCUAAACUAUGGAUUUUACGAGGUAAUCCAGAAUCAGCUGAAGUUCUCUCCGACUUUGAAGAUAUGAUUGCCAAGAUGGACCGAGAGCGUGAAGAAGUAGAAACUGAAAUUGAUAAGAAUUCGCAACGAAGGAGCAUUAAACCCCUUCCAGAGUAUGCGUUUGUAGUGGAUGGUCUUGCUUUAAAGCAUCUUUUGGAAACAGAAGAAUCCCAGGCUAGACUUUUGCAAGUCGUCUUGGUCUGCAAGUCGGUGGUAUGCUGCCGAGUCAGUCCGCUUCAAAAGGCAUUGGUGGUGGAACUAGUCCGCCGUGGUCAAGGAGCCGUGACGUUAGCAGUUGGAGACGGAGCCAACGAUGUUUCGAUGAUCCAAGCCGCCAAUAUCGGGGUUGGUAUUUCCGGACAAGAAGGGGCCCAAGCUUCCAUGUCGGCUGACUAUGCUAUAGCGCAAUUCCGGUUCCUCAAGAAGUUGCUGGUGGUUCAAGGCCACUGGAGUUACGACCGAAUCUCGGAAAUGAUUCUCAACUUCUUUUACAAAAACGUCGUUUGGGUGUUUGGUGCACUAUGGUUUCAAAUUUUCAGUGGAUUCUCCGCCAACAUCUUUUACGACUACUCGUUUUUACAACUGUACAAUUUAAUAUUUACCGUAGCCCCAACCUGCGUUAUAGGAUGCACCGAUCAGGAUAUCACCAAAAACUAUUUGUUUCGAUAUCCAGACACCUACGAAAUUGGCAUUCGUAAAAAACUAUAUACAAAGAGACGAUUCUGGUUCUUCUUUCUCGAAGGCAUCUACCAGUCAUGCGUCAUCUAUUUUGCCUUUCAUUUACUUUAUUUCGACGGGGCACUGCCUUUACAAAAUGGCCUGGCAAGCUCUUAUCUGGAACUGUCAUGCGCAGUGGCCAUCACGAUUAUCACCGUAGCCAAUCUGGAACCAGGCUUCAAUACUCGUUAUUGGACGUGGUGGCAGUUCUUCUGUAUUGGACUCGAGAUUGUUCUCAUGGUGAUAUGGGUGUUAGCCUACAGUUCGUUUCCAACGUCUAUGCAAGACAUUGGUUUUAUCGUGUUUGGCAAUCCCAACUUCUGGUUGACUGCUGUGUUGUCUAUCAUCGUGGCCAUGGCGCCCCGCUAUAUCAUCACGUACUAUCACAGUUGGAUCCGUCCUAAUAAGAUCACCAUGGUCCGGCAGAUAGAAAAGUCUGAAAAGCAUAGAAGAUAAUCCAUGCUGUUGUUUGAAUAUAAUACACUGCUUUCAUGAUCUCCCCCC